GAGUACGGCGACACUCCGCGCGCGCGUGGCGUGUACCACCCCGCGCAGAAUACCACACCGGUGUGCUCGAUAUCAGCGGAGCGAGCCCGUCCGCGGAGCCGGUAUCCGGGAAAAUUUCGAUUACGAGUCGGAAAAGCGGGCGAGACUCGAAGUCUACGCGACUUGCGAGCACGAGCGGUGUACGGAUCCCCGCGAAUACGUGUACUCGUUGGUGGAUUGGAUGUCCGAGUAUUCGAAUUUCUUCCCGGGUGAAGAAAGAAUCGUGACAGGGGAUACCUGGCACGAGGUCCGUGUUUUACAUGCGAUCGUAGUACGGACACUUUGCGUGACAGAUGCACCGCGAUUACGUGUACUACUUGGUAGUAGAACAUUCGAGUUUUGGCGAAUUUGAGACGGACGCGUUUUCUUUCACCUAAAACUCCAUUAAAAUUUAGGAAUCGCGUCUGGUGUACUCAUUGAUGAAUAAUUCGGAUGACGGGAUCAAUAGAUCAAUAAUUGCGUUGUUCGAAAUCCACAUCCUGCUGUUUGAACCAAAGAAAGUUGGUGAAUUUAUGGAUAUUCUGUGAAUACUAUAGUAUUCAGUAUUUGAUAAAAUAUUUAAAUAUUUUCGAAGAUUGGCAAAAAAUCUUCACUUUUUAAUCGAUUAAAAUUGAGGAGAGAAGAGAUAUUUUCCAGGAUUCGAAAAAUACACCGAUCGCUGGAGCAACCACCGAAGGCCCUUCGCGUCAACUCGACGGUGCUCUCCUUCAGUAAGAUCGACGAUCAGUCGUUAGAGAACGGGAGCGUUGCGAACCGGCGCCGACCGACCGGCGAAGUCGAACACCUGACGGUUCUUCAGGUAGCAACUCGGAUAGAGAAUCCGAGUCAGUGCGGAAGGCAGACAGCUAGCGAACGCUCGUAUCUCUUGCGAAGAGGGGGAUUCGCCCUUACAUGCGCCGUCGUCGCACCGUCGCCAGUACAAAUCGCACGCGAGCAAACGCCUCGGCGAUAGUGCACGUGCGCCACGACGUACGGCGUACGACGCCGCGACGGCCGACGCUUCCGUCCCGUCGUCGCCGCUGCAGCUCGUCGCGACCGCAGCGAUAAAUGUGCCGCCGUUGCCGUGGAUGACAUCCCGGCCGUUCUCCAAAAUGACGAUCGUCUGGAUCAUCACCCUGCUGGCCCUCGGCGUCACCUGUCACGCUGUUCCCAUAUCCGUUGACACGACUACGAUAGGAGAUAUCGGAAAUGUCUCGGAGUCGACCGUCGUUCCUGAAGCGGAGGGCCACUCCAUGGACGACAUAAUGCCGGGAACGAAGCCGUCGCCGAUCGUCGUGGUGUUCGCCGACAUCCCGGAGCACACGGAAACGGAACUGGAGUCGUCCGUGCUGUUGGCAUGCCGGACUGCUAAUCCUGUGGCCGAGUGCCAGUGGUCCUGGCAGCCAUUGCCACCGGUUCACCUGCCGCUUCCGGACGUCAGUGAAAGCCCGUCGGUUUCUACGACGAUCCCGACGAUCGCGACCACGGCAACUCCCACGACCCACCCAUUGCCCGUACGACAGUUUCCCGCGUUCGGGAACAACAGCAACGAUUGCUCCGUGAGAUUCUCCAGCACCAAGCACGAGCAGACAGGAUACUGGACCUGCGCGGCGCGAGCCUCGACGAGCGAUCCUUUCACCAGCACCGAGCCUGCCAAGCUCAGCAUCGUCAACGCUAAUCACGGCAUCCUCAUCACGUUCGCGAAGCACGAGAAUGUCGUUGAGGUGCCGGCGGGUUCCUCGGCGCAGAUAAUGUGCCAGACGAAGUCGUCGGUGCGCGAAUGCCAGUGGUCCUGGCGGCAGCUGAACCAGUCGCAGCCCUGGAACCUCGACGUGAAAUCGUUUCCAGCCUUUGGAAAUGACAGCACGGAAUGCAGCAUCAAGUUCAAGAACGUCCUACCGGAGCAGGAAGGCUACUGGACCUGCGGCGCGCGUAUAGACCCGAAUUCCUCGUUCACUCAGGCGACCCCCGUCCGUUUUCUGAUAUCAGAAGUCGAGUUCGUGCAGUUGUCGCGCGGCGUGCAGGUUGCGGCCGGCGAAUCGGUCUUCCUGCGGUGCCUGGCGAACAAGCCGGUGGUGCAGUGCGAGUGGUCGUGGAGGGCGUCGAACUCGAGCAAGGAACCGCUGCUGGUGAAGAAGUUCAGUCCAAACAAGGACGCCGAACACGACUGUUCCGUACGAUUCAAGAACAUCCUGUACGAGGAGGAGGGCCUGUGGACCUGCGGGGUACGUUUGACGCCCGACGGUAUCCUGCACACGGCGCCCGCGGCGACUGUCAGCCUCCUGCCCACAGCUAAGGUCAGCUUCGUCGAGGAGCCAACCGAUACGGCGGUGCCGGUAGGAACAGAUGCCACGUUGAAGUGCAUCACCAGCAGUCGCGUGGAAAAAUGCGUGUGGACUUGGAAGCCAUUGCACGGCAGCGAACCGGAGGUCGUUCUCGAUGAAUUCCCGAGCAACGGCGAUCUCGGUCGCGACUGCUCGCUCCACCUUCCGCACGUGUACGCGGAGAAGCAGGGUUACUGCAGUUGCCAGGUUUCCAUCGUGUCUCUCAAUACCGUUCUGACGACGUCGCCUGCGAAACUCGUGGUUUACGAGCAAGACGAUGUGAAGUUCUCGGAGCUGUCGCAGGACAUCCAGAUCUCCUCCGGCGGCAGUGUUCUGCUGCGCUGCGUAACGUCCUCGGCAGUGGAGCAGUGCCGGUGGUCGCUCACCCCGGUCAAUUCCAACACCACCGUGGUGGUGAAGCAGUUCCCGGCGGCCGGAUACGAGGCCCGCGACUGCAGCGUCCGCCUGAGCCACGCUCUCGCCGAGCAGGAGGGCCUGUGGACCUGCGGCGCCAGGAUACACGGCCAGCAGAACUACACGGACGCGCCGCCCGCGAAGCUGAGUCUCCUCGAGCCAGAGCCUGUCACUAUCGCGGUUUGGGCCGCGCCUCACAAAAUGGUCACUCUUGCGUGCAGAGUCGGAUCCGUGUCGUCGAAAGCCAGGUGCCAUUGGAUCCACGCUCCAAAAGUUCACGUACAUCAGAACUCCAGCAGGCAGCUGGCAAAAAAAAUGAGGCACAGCGUGCAAAUGGAUUAUACCACGGGUAUAUGCAAGCUGAUCUUCAAACCGGAUCACACCGAUCUAGGACAGUGGACCUGCAAAUUUACUGUCAACAAUGAUAACACCGACGAUAUCGAGAUUGGAAGCGCGACGCUUGUUCUGCUGAACACUUUAGCAGAUGAGAAACUAGGAUGGAUCGUGGGGACCCUAACAGCCGUGAUCUUGUUCCUGAUGAUAAUAGUCGUCGUGCUGGUGGUGUGCAAGGCGCGAAUCUUUAUCCGUAAAACACCUGAGGUCUUGGAAACCUUACCGCCCGGCGAAAGAAAGCAGACCGAGAGAUCGUGCGACGAGAAGCACACCGAGAAUCAGGGGAAGAUCAAUUUUCAAUUCAUUGAGGACAACGGCCACACCUCGAGCCUCGAGAGCGUCUUGCCUAAUAGAAGUCCGCGUAUUGAGAAGAAUCAUGGAGUGCCGUCCAAAUUAUAUGGGAAUGUUGGAUUAUAAUGCAUAAUUAUCAAGAUUUAGAUUAGAGAAGCAAAAGGAAUUUUUAUGUUUUGUAAAAGUUACGAAUAUAAUGAAAAUUAUAAUAAAUCGACAUUUUAUAUUCAUAUUUA